GGAAGGCAGCUGAGAGCUCGGCGGCGGAUCGGGCCGAGGGGAAGGGGGCGCCGAGACCCUCCCCCUCCUGGCUGGGUGGGCGGCGGGACAUGGCGGCCCAUAAGCCGGUGGAGUGGGUGCAGGCCGUGGUGAACCGCUUCGACGAGCAGCUUCCCAUCAAAGCUGGCCAACAGAAUACCCACACCAAAGUCAGCACAGAGCAUAACAAAGAAUGUCUCAUCAACAUUUCCAAGUACAAGUUUUCCUUGGUCAUCAGUGGACUCACCAAUAUCUUAAAAAAUGUCAACAAUAUGAGAAUAUUUGGAGAAUCUGCUGAAAAGAACUUAUAUCUCUCUCAGCUGAUUAUUUUGGAUACACUGGAAAAAUGUCUUGCAGGGCAACCGAAGGACACUCUGCGGCUUGAUGAAACGAUGCUGGUCAAACAGUUGUUGCCGGAGAUCUGCCACUUUAUCCAUACCUACCGUGAAGGGAAUCAACACGCAGCAGAACUUCGCAACUCUGCCUCUGGGGUUCUCUUCUCUCUCAGCUGCAACAACUUCAGUGCGGUGUUCAGUCGCAUUUCCACCCGAUUACAGGAACUGACCGUGUGCUCUGAAGACAACGCCGACGUUCAUGACAUUGAGCUCUUGCAGUACAUCAGUGUGGACUGUGCUAAACUGAAGCGGAUCCUGCAAGAGACGGUGUUUAAAUUCAAAGCCCUAAAGAAAGUAGCGCAACUGGCGGUAAUCAACAGUCUUGAAAAGGCAUUUUGGAACUGGGUGGAAAACUAUCCAGACGAGUUUACGAAGCUGUACCAGACACCGCAGAUGGAUCUGUCGGAUUGUGCAGAGAAGUUGUUCGAUUUGGUGGAUGGAUUUGCCGAAAGCACGAAACGCAAAGCAGCUGUGUGGCCCUUGCAAAUCAUCCUGCUCGUCCUGUGUCCAGAAAUCAUUCAAGACAUAGCCAAGGAUGUGGUGGAGGAAAACAAAAUAAACAAGAAACUCUUUCUGGACAACCUCAGGAAGGCUCUUGCAGGCCACAGUGGCAGCAGGCAACUGACCGAAAGUGCCGCCAUCGCUUGUGUAAAGCUGUGCAAAGCAUCGACCUACAUCAAUUGGGAAGACAAUUCUGUCAUUUUCCUUUUAGUGCAGUCCAUGGUGGUGGAUCUCAAGAACCUGCUCUUCAACCCGAGCAAGCCUUUCUCUCGAGGCAGCCAGAACGCUGACAUUGACCUAAUGAUCGACUGCCUGGUGUCGUGCUUCCGCAUCAGCCCUCGCAACAACCAGCACUUCAAGACUUGCCUAGCACAGAACUCUCCCUCCACAUUUCAGUAUGUACUGGUCAAUUCACUCCACCGAAUAAUCACAAAUUCUGCCCUGGACUGGUGGCCGAAGAUCGAUGCAGUGUACUGUCAUUCCAUGGAGCUCCGCAGCAUGUUCAGCGAAACCCUUCACAAAGCUCUACAAGGCUCUGGCGUGCACACGCCAAUACGCAUGACGACGAGUCUUACCUUUAAAGAGAAAAUGACAAGUCUUAAGUUUAAGGAGAAACCCACAGAUGUUGAAACCAGAAACUACAAAGUCUUGUUGUUGUCGAUGGUAAAACUGAUCCACGCUGACCCAAAACUCUUGCUUUAUAACCCAAGGAAGCAGGGCCCAGAGACGCAGGGCAGCACAGCGGAGCUGAUAACGGGGCUUGUGCAGCUGGUUCCACAAUCCAGCAUGCCAGAAAUAGCACAAGAAGCCAUGGAGGCCUUGCUCGUACUUCAUCAGUUAGACAGCAUUGACCUGUGGAAUCCAGAUGCACCUGUAGAGACAUUUUGGGAGAUCAGCUCCCAAAUGCUGUUUUGUAUUUGCAAGAGACUCACAACCAACCAGAUUAUCAGCAGCACGGAAAUUCUCAAGUGGUUGCGAGAGAUAAUGAUCUGCAGAAACAAAUUUCUUCUGAAAAACAAACAAUCAGAUAGGAGUUCCUGUCACUUUCUCUUCCCUUAUGGCAUGGGCUGUGAUGUCACUGGGGGUGGAGCGAACCAAAUUUCUCUGGAUCAUGAAGAGAUGAUGCGCUGUACCCCAGGCGCUACGCUCCGGAAGAGCAAGGGCAGUUUCUGCAUGGAAAGCUCUGUGGGCUGCAUUGGGACACCUGUCUGUCGCCAAGCCCAGACGAAGCUGGAGGUUGCCCUGUACAUGUCUCUCUGGAGUCCAGACACCGAGGCAGUGCUGGUUGCCAUGUCCUGUUUCCGGCAUCUUUGUGAGGAAGCAGACAUCAGGUGUGGAGUAGAUGAGGUCUCGGUACACAACUUUUUGCCCAACUACAACACCUUUAUGGAAUUUGCAUCUGUGAGCAAUGUGAUGUCAACAGGACGAGCAGCUCUCCAGAAACGAGCAAUGGCAUUGUUGAGGCGAAUUGAGCACCCGACGCCAGGGAACACUGAGGCUUGGGAAGAUACCUUUUUAAAAUGGGAGGCGGCCACAAAACAUAUCCUCAACUAUCCAAAGACUAAAAUGGAAGAUGGCCAGGUUACAGAAAGCCUCCACAAGACCAUAGUCAAAAGGCGCAUGUCCCAUGUCAGUGGAGGAGGAUCUGUAGACCUUUCGGACACAGACUCGCUGCAGGAGUGGAUCAACAUGACGGGUUUCCUGUGUGCGCUUGGAGGGGUGUGUUUGCAGCAUCGCGGCAGCACAGGGUUUGCCACCUACAGCCCCCCUAUGGGCCCCGUGAGUGAGCGCAAAGGCUCCAUGAUAUCCAUGAUGUCGACCGAAGGCAGCACGGAGACCCCCGUGAGCAAAUUCAUAGACCGCUUGUUAUCCCUGAUGGUCUGCACCCAUGAGAAAGUGGGCCUGCAGAUACGGACAACUGUCAAAGAUCUCAUGGGCUUGGAGCUGAGCCCUGCUCUUUAUCCAACACUCUUCAACAAGUUAAAGAGCAUCAUCAGCAAGUUCUUUGACUCUCAGGGGCAGGUCUUGUUGAAUGACACCAAUACCCAGUUUGUGGAGCAGACCAUUGCUAUCAUGAAGAACCUGCUUGACAAUCAUACCGAAGGCAGCUCAGAGCACCUGGGACAAGCCAGCAUUGAGACAAUGAUGCUGAAUCUAGUCAGAUAUGUGCGUGUCCUCGGGAAUCUGGUGCAUGCCAUUCAGAUCAAAACCAAACUCUGUCAGCUAGUGAAAGUGAUGAUGGAGAGGCGGGAUGACCUUUCCUUCUGCCAAGAGAUGAAAUUCAGGAACAAGAUGGUGGAAUAUCUGACAGAUUGGGUUAUGGGAACAUCCAACCAGGCGACAGAUGAGGAUGUAAAAUGCCUAACUAGAGAUUUGGACCAGGCAAGCAUGGAAGCGGUGGUCUCUCUCCUUGCAGGGCUUCCCCUGCAGCCUGAAGAAGGAGAUGGAGUAGAACUGAUGGAAGCCAAAUCUCAAUUGUUCCUUAAAUAUUUUACCUUAUUUAUGAACCUCCUGAAUGACUGCAGUGAAGUGGAAGAUGAAAAUGCACAAACGGGAGGCCGAAAGCGUGGGAUGUCCCGGAGGCUGGCUUCGUUGCGGCAUUGCACGGUUCUUGCCAUGUCUAACUUGCUCAAUGCAAAUGUGGAUAGUGGCCUUAUGCACUCAAUAGGGUUAGGUUAUCACAAAGAUCUCCAGACAAGAGCUACGUUCAUGGAGGUUCUCACGAAAAUUCUGCAGCAGGGCACGGAGUUCGAUACCCUAGCCGAAACUGUUCUGGCAGACCGGUUUGAGAGAUUGGUGGAGCUGGUCACCAUGAUGGGUGACCAAGGAGAACUGCCCAUUGCUAUGGCUUUGGCUAAUGUGGUGCCUUGUUCCCAGUGGGAUGAACUGGCUCGUGUCCUGGUUACCCUCUUUGAUUCCCGACAUUUACUCUACCAGCUGCUUUGGAACAUGUUCUCUAAGGAAGUGGAAUUGGCAGACUCAAUGCAGACUCUCUUCAGGGGAAACAGUUUGGCCAGUAAAAUAAUGACUUUCUGUUUUAAGGUUUAUGGUGCAACCUAUCUGCAAAAGCUUUUGGAACCUUUAUUAAGGACCAUCAUUACAUCUUCUGAAUGGCAACAUGUUAGCUUUGAAGUGGACCCUACAAGGUUGGAAUCCAGUGAAAUCCUUGAAGACAACCAGCGGAGCCUUCUCCAGAUGACUGAGAAAUUCUUCCAUGCAAUCAUCAACUCCAAUGCGGAGUUCCCACCCCAGCUCCGAAGCGUGUGCCACUGUCUGUAUCAGGCUACUUGUCACUCUCUCCUGAAUAAAGCUACCGUAAAAGAAAAAAAGGAAAACAAAAAAUCAGUUGUCAGCCAGCGGUUCCCCCAGAACAGCAUUGGUGCUGUCGGAAGUGCCAUGUUCCUGAGGUUCAUCAACCCGGCCAUCGUGUCCCCAUAUGAGGCGGGGAUCUUGGAUAAAAAGCCGCCACCUCGGAUUGAAAGGGGCUUGAAGCUAAUGUCAAAGGUGCUGCAAAGUAUCGCCAACCAUGUCUUGUUUACAAAGGAGGAGCACAUGCGGCCUUUCAAUGACUUUGUGAAAAGUAACUUUGAUGCGGCUCGGAGGUUUUUUCUGGAUAUUGCGUCCGAUUGUCCAGCGAGUGACACUGUCAAUCACAGCCUGUCUUUCAUCAGCGAUGGCAAUGUACUUGCUCUACACCGUCUGCUCUGGAACAAUCAAGAGAAAAUCGGCCAAUACCUUUCCAGCAACAGGGACCACAAAGCCGUUGGAAGGCGACCAUUUGACAAGAUGGCGACUCUGCUUGCGUACCUUGGUCCUCCCGAGCACAAGCCUGUGGCAGACACACAAUGGUCCAGUAUAAAUCUCACCAGCUCCAAGUUUGAAGAGUUUAUGACCAGGCACCAGGUACAUGAAAAAGAAGAGUUCAAGGCACUGAAAACUCUAAAUAUUUUCUACCAGGCUGGGACAUCCAAAGCUGGGAAUCCUGUAUUCUACUACAUUGCUAGGCGGUUCAAGACCGGCCAGAUCAACGGUGACCUUCUGAUAUACCACGUCUUGUUAACUUUGAAGCCAUACUACGCUAAGCCAUAUGAGAUCGUGGUGGACCUCACUCAUGCUGGACCCAGCAACCGUUUCAAAACAGACUUCCUUUCCAAGUGGUUUGUUGUGUUCCCGGGGUUUGCUUACGAAAACGUCUCGGCAGUUUACAUCUACAACUGCAACUCUUGGGUGAGGGAGUACACCAAGUACCAUGAGAGACUCCUGACGGGCCUUAAAGGCAGCAAGAGGCUGAUCUUCAUCGACUCUCCUGGGAAACUGGCGGAGCACAUCGAGCAUGAGCAGCAGAAACUUCCGGCUGCCACCUUGGCCUUGGAAGAAGACCUGAAGGUGUUCCACAACGCUCUCAAGCUGGCCCACAAGGAUACCAAAGUGUCUAUCAAAGUUGGUUCUACUGCCGUCCAAGUCACUUCUGCUGAGCGCACGAGAGUCCUGGGCCAGACAGUCUUCUUGAAUGAUAUUUACUAUGCCUCCGAAAUAGAAGAGAUCUGCCUGGUGGAUGAGAACCAGUUCACUCUAACCAUUGCCAACCAAGGCACGCCUCUCACCUUCAUGCACCAGGAGUGUGAAGCCAUCGUCCAGUCCAUCAUUCACAUACGGACACGAUGGGAGCUGUCACAGCCAGACUCCAUCCCACAACACACAAAAAUCCGCCCCAAGGAUGUGCCAGGAACCCUGCUGAACAUUGCAUUGCUCAAUCUGGGAAGCUCAGACCCAAGUCUACGGUCCGCAGCCUAUAAUCUUCUCUGUGCCUUAACCUGUACCUUUAAUUUAAAGAUAGAGGGCCAGUUACUGGAGACUUCGGGUCUGUGUAUCCCUGCCAACAACACCCUUUUUAUUGUCUCUAUUAGUAAGACUCUGGCAGCUAAUGAACCACACCUUACCUUAGAGUUUUUGGAAGAAUGCAUUUCUGGAUUUAGCAAAUCUAGUAUCGAAUUGAAACACCUCUGUCUGGAAUACAUGACUCCUUGGCUGUCAAAUCUGGUUCGUUUCUGCAAACACAAUGACGAUGCCAGACGGCAGCGAGUUACAGCGAUUCUCGAUAAACUUAUCACAAUGACCAUAAAUGAGAAACAGAUGUACCCUUCCAUUCAGGCCAAGAUCUGGGGGAGUCUGGGACAGAUAACGGAUCUGCUUGAUGUUGUGCUGGACAGUUUCAUCAAGACCAGCGCCACCGGGGGGCUGGGCUCCAUCAAAGCGGAGGUGAUGGCAGACACAGCGGUGGCUCUGGCUUCUGGGAACGUCAAACUGGUUUCCAGUAAGGUGAUUGGAAGGAUGUGCAGAAUAAUUGACAAGACCUGUCUGUCUCCGACCCCUACAUUAGAGCAGCACCUGAUGUGGGAUGACAUUGCCAUUCUCGCCCGUUACAUGCUGAUGCUCUCCUUUAACAAUUCACUUGAUGUGGCUGCGCAUCUCCCCUACCUCUUCCAUGUAGUGACUCUGUUGGUCGCCACCGGUCCGCUUUCCCUUAGAGCUUCCACCCACGGCCUGGUCAUCAACAUCAUUCACUCUCUGUGCACUUGUUCGCAGCUCCACUUUAGUGAGGAGACAAAACAAGUGUUGCGACUGAGCUUAACGGAGUUCUCGCUCCCCAAGUUCUACUUGCUCUUUGGAAUAAGCAAAGUGAAGUCGGCAGCAGUCAUAGCAUUCCGAUCCAGCUAUCGGGAUCGGUCGUUCUCUCCUGGCUCCUAUGAGAGGGAGACUUUUGCACUGACAUCUCUGGAAACAGUUACAGAAGCUCUGCUGGAGAUCAUGGAGGCGUGCAUGAGAGAUAUCCCAACUUGCAAGUGGCUGGACCAGUGGACAGAACUAGCUCAAAAGUUUGCAUUCCAGUAUAAUCCAUCCCUCCAGCCGAGGGCCCUUGUUGUCUUUGGCUGCAUAAGUAAGCGAGUGUCACAUGGGCAGAUAAAGCAAAUCAUCCGGAUUCUUAGCAAGGGCCUUGAGAGCUGCUUGAAGGGACCAGACAACUACAACAGCCAAGUUCUGAUAGAAGCCACGGUUAUUGCCCUAACCAAGCUGCAGCCUCUUCUCAAUAAGGACUCACCUAUGCACAAGGCCCUUUUUUGGGUCGCCAUGGCUGUCCUGCAGCUGGACGAAGUCAGCCUGUAUUCAGCGGGGACGGCUCUCCUUGAGCAAAACCUCCACACCUUGGACAACCUUCGGGUGUUCAACGACAAAAGCCCAGAAGAAGUCUUCAUGGAGAUCAGGAGGCCGCUGGAGUGGCAUUGCAAGCAGAUGGACCACUUUGUGGGACUCAAUUUUAACUCUAACUUUAACUUUGCACUCGUGGGACAUCUACUAAAAGGGUACCGGCAUCCUUCUCCAACCAUCGUAGCCAGGACGGUACGGAUUCUGCACACGCUUCUCUCUCUGGUUAAUAAACACAGGAAUUGUGACAAGUUUGAGGUGAAUACCCAGAGUGUGGCUUACCUUGCAGCUUUGCUGACUGUGUCCGAGGAGGUCCGAAGCCGGUGCAGCCUGAAGCACGGGAAGUCUGUCCUCGUGCCGGACAUGUCUAUGGAAAAUGUGCCUAUGGAUACCUAUCCUAUCCACCACAGUGAUGCCAGCUGUAGGACCCUCCGGGAAAACCAGCCCUGGGCUUCUCCCAAGGGCUCCGACAGGCAUCUCGCUGCCAGCUACCCGACCGUGGGACAGAUCAGUCCGCGCACCAGGAAGUCUAUGAGUCUGGACAUGGGGCAGCCUUCUCAAGCCACCACGAAGAAACUGCUAGGUACAAGGAAGAGUUUCGACCAUUUGAUAUCAGACACGAAGGCACCCAAAAGACAGGAGAUGGAAUCAGGGAUCACCACACCUCCAAAAAUGAGGAGGGUAGCAGAGAAUGAUUACGAAAUGGAAACACAAAGGAUAUCUCCACAGCAGCAUCCACACCUCCGGAAAGUGUCGGUCUCGGAGUCGAAUGUCCUCCUGGAUGAAGAGGUCCUCACCGAUCCCAAAAUCCAAGCCCUCUUGCUGACUGUCCUUGCAACCCUAGUGAAAUACACUGCAGAUGAGUUUGACCAGCGAAUACUGUAUGAGUAUUUAGCAGAAGCCAGUGUUGUCUUCCCAAAGGUCUUUCCUGUCGUGCACAAUUUACUGGAUUUCAAGAUAAACACCCUGUUGACGCAGUGUCAGGACCCAAAUUUAUUGAAUCCAAUUCACGGCAUUGUUCAGAGUGUGGUCUAUCAUGAAGAAUCUCCACCCCAGUACCAAACCUCUUAUCUACAAAGUUUUGGUUUUAACGGCUUAUGGAGGUUUGCAGGACCAUUUUCAAAGCAAACACAAAUCCCAGACUACGCUGAGCUGAUAGUGAAGUUCCUCGAUGCCUUGAUUGACACGUACUUGCCCGGCAUUGAUGAGGAAACGAGCGAGGAGUCCCUGCUGACGCCGACGUCUCCGUACCCACCUGCUGUGCAGAGUCAGCUCAGCAUUACUGCGAACCUUAACCUCUCUAAUUCCAUGACCUCGCUCGCCACUUCCCAGCAUUCCCCAGGAAUUGAUAAGGAAAACGUGGAACUGUCCCCGACCACAGGACACCCCAACAGUGGGAGAACUCGCCACGGUUCAGCAAGCCAAGUCCAGAAGCAGAGGAGCACAGGCAGCUUCAAACGCCACAGCAUUAAAAAGAUUGUGUGAAGCUUUCUCCUUUUUAAAAAAAUAUUU